GUGAUUUUUGAAGUGCCGGCCGCGUGGACUUGUUCCUUGAGUGCUAGGUUGCCCCAGUCGCUGCCAUGACCAAAAUAAAGGCAGAUCCAGACGGGCCGGAGGCUCAGGCGGACGCGUGCUGCGGGGAGCGCACUUACCAUGAACUGCUGGUGAAUCUGAACCCCAUCGCGCAGCCUCUGGCUUCUCGCCGCCUCACGCGGAAGCUCUACAAAUGCAUCAAGAAAGCCGUGAAGCAGAAGCAGAUUCGGCGGGGGGUGAAGGAGGUUCAGAAAUUUAUCAACAAAGGCGAGAAAGGGAUUAUGGUUUUGGCAGGAGACACGUUACCCAUUGAGGUAUACUGCCAUCUCCCAGUUAUGUGUGAAGACCGGAAUUUGCCGUAUGUCUAUAUCCCCUCUAAGACGGACCUGGGUGCAGCCGCUGGCUCUAAGCGCCCCACCUGCGUGAUAAUGGUCAAGCCCCACGAGGAAUACCAGGAGGCCUAUGACGAGUGCCUGGAGGAGGUGCAAGCCCUGCCCCCGCCCAUGUGAAGGACUUAAGCACAACCUGGGCACCUGCUCUAAAAACAGUGGCUUGGUGGCGGGCCAGUUGGCUGGCCUCCUGCUCCCCACAUUCAGACAUCUCUGUGGUCCCGAGGCAGUAUUCUUCCCAAGCAGCUCCAACAGCUGCUUCACAACAGCAGAGGCAGCAUCUUCUCUGACAGCGCUGUUUCCUGUUGAGCUUCAGUGAAGACAGUUCCAAGAAUGUGAUGUGGGGGAAGUAAAUCCUAAAACUAAAA